GCAAGGCGUCCUGCUGCAGAAACACGGCCUUCUGCCCAGCUUCCUGCCCAGGAAACACAAGACACUGGAGCUCUCAGAGGAGCAGCUCAAGAGCAUCAUGAGUAACAGCAGAGGGGGUGGUCCCCCUGCCCUGUCAAGCCCGCCGCCACCGGUCAACGGCGUGGCUAAGAAGUUCGCCAAAAACGGGCCAGACUGGGACAGUAUGACAACGGUCAAUGGAGGUAAUAACAGGCCUCCUGCUGGACGUGGACUGGACUCCCCGGUGCCCCAACCCAACACGACUGCCUCUAGAGGAAACUCUCCUCUCAACGGGGGAGGGGAGCACCAGCAGCCCACAGGACUGUCCUACAACCCUGCCGGAAACCCUGAACAGCCAGCACCCCCCGCAGCCUCCACCAACACCCCCAUGGACUGCCCCGACAGCAAACCCUCCGAACGGCCACCAUCGCUGGCCACGGACACAUCAUCCCUUUCCCCAACGGACCGACAGACCUCCCUGGGCCUGGGCAGCCUUGGAGUUGACGUUAAGGAGCGGACUCAGCAGAGCCAGAGCCGGCAGGGCGAGAUUGAGGGGCGUCUGCGGCGCCUGAGGAAGCGCCUCCAGGUGGUUCAGGCCAAGCAGGUGGAGCACCACGUCCAACAGCAGCUGGGGGGGCUCCUGGAGAGCACACUGGGGCCACUGGAUGCCCUCCGAACUGGCGGGAGACGAGGAGGCCAGGACGCCCCUCUCACCCCGCAGGAGAGGGAGGGGCUUGGGCGAUUCCUGAAGGACGGCUCUGUACCAGCAGAGCUGGAGCGCCUGUCCCUCAGCGGAACCACCAACCUGAGGUCCACGGAGAGCGCCUUCGACUCAGACGCCACGGAGAGCAGCUCCGGAGGAGAGACUGACGUGGAGGAGGACGAGCUCACCAGGGUGGACAUCGAGCAGCGACACAUCUCUCU